CUCGACCUCGACUCUACAUACACAGACGUCAUCCUUCGUUCGGGAAUAUAUUUUGCGACUCUUGUAACGACCUCAAUAUACUCGCAUGACCAUUUCGCAACCCCUCUGCGGCCCCAGAAACGACAUCUCCCUCGAUCCGCCGCCAUCUACCCGGUGGCAGACGAGCGCUGUCACAUAGUUCAAGAUGUUUUGGCGAUUUGGCGGCUAUGCCACCGUCUCUGCAAUCGAUACCCUCCUUGAGAAGCCUGAGGUCACUCUUGAAGAGCUGCUGGACGAGAGUGAUCUGAUACAGGAGCUCAAGCAACACAAUACAAAGCUGAUAGAAUAUUUACGGGAGGACAAGAUCUUGGAGAGAUUGCUCGAAUACGUUGUUGCCCCGAAAUUGGAGGUCGUCGCAUCUGAGAAGCCCGAACCUGCAGCAGAAAAGGAACCCGAAUCAGAGAAGGGCAAGGAGCGCUCUUUUUCCAAACCUCAAGAAGCAGCCGAAGAUGACGAGGACGAAAGAGAGAAGAAGCGGAAUCGAUACGCCUACGUUGCGGCAGAAGUUCUGUCUUCGGACAACUGGUCAAUAUGCGAGUCACUGAUGGAGAACCAAGCUCUGUUGCGAAAGUUCUGGGACUUUUUGAGGUUACCUCCACCCCUUGAUCCUUUACAAGCCAGUUAUUUUACCAAGGUCAACGAGGCUCUGCUGGACAAGAAGACAGAAGAGAUGCUCGACCUGUUCAAGUCCAUUGAUGGUGCAGUGAAGAAUAUGCUGCAGCAUGUGGAUUCGCCCAUGGUCAUGGACUUGCUUCUGAAAAUAAUAAGUUUGGAAAAGGCGGAGGGGGGCCAGGGAAUAGUUGACUGGCUUCAUUCCCAGGACCUGAUGCCAAUUCUCCUCUCAUUCCUGUCUUCCGAACACUCCUGGGCGACACAGACUUCCGCUGGCGACUUUUUGAAGGCGAUCAUUACAAUUUCCGCGAACGCGUCGCAAAAUGAGCAGUCGUGUAUUGGUCCAAACGAAUUAACAAGACAACUGGUGUCACAACCAUGCAUCGAGAAGCUCAUUUCGGACAUGUUGAAGGGUGGGAAUCCUUUGACGGUCGGCGUUGGCAUUGUUAUUGAAGUUAUACGGAAGAACAAUUCCGACUACGACCCAGAUGUUGGUUCGGAAGCAAAUUCUCUGCCCUCAAGUCGGGAUCCCAUUUAUCUUGGGACCCUCCUCCGGAUGUUUGCUCAAAGAGUACCUGAUUUUAUGGAGCUUAUCCUGAGUCCCAACCACACAAUUGGAGGUGGAGAUGGCCCUGUGAACAUACGGAGGAAAGACCUCAACGCAGCUUUUGGUGGCAAGAUCGAACCGCUUGGAUUUGACAGAUUCAAGACUUGUGAAUUGAUGGCGGAGCUUCUUCAUUGCAGCAACAUGGGUCUUCUGAACGAAACUGGCAGCGAGGAAUUUGUGAAGGCAAGGGACGCUGAGCGUGAAAGGCUGAAAGCAGAAGGCAAACUCAGAGUUGCACCAAAUCAACCAACUUUGUCGGAGGAGGAUUUGACCAUGAAGUCUUCAACGCAAACGCGACUUGGAUCGCCUGAUGGCACAAGGAAACUGGAAGUUCAGAAUGCCUCAGAUGAUGACGGAUUCGAAGAGGUCACACAUGCUGCAGAUCUCGGAGAUGACGCCAAGGAUGACUUCGAUGAGAAGCCAGAACCGGGAGAGGAUCUUUUGACCCCAACGAGCCAGUCAAUACCGCUAUCCUUCAUGGACAAGGAUGAUGAGGAGUUUGUUGACGAGCCGUUAAGUUCUCCCCGCCUGAAGACCGAGGAGCUGGAUCACUCUCAUCUACACGAUCCCGAGAUGGCCGUCAUACCUUUAUCACCUACAAAAGAUCUUUCAAAUCAAGUCGACACUCUUGAUCUCAAGGAGGAAGACACAGCAAUGACCUCUCCACCGCCAUCAGUGGAUACACACGCCGAAGAUAGCGCCCCCUCUUCUCCUGAAUCGAGCAAGCAUAUCCAAGAGCCAUCCAAGGAGUCAACCCCAAGCUCCAAGGCAGAAGAUGAGAAGUCGACUGGACCUGAGGUUUCAUUACGGGAACUCACUCCGGCCAUUGAAGCGACGGAAACCCGUCCUGAAGAUGUACCAGCGCCUUUAUUCGCCAAGAAAUCCGAACCGUCCCCUGAAGUGAUACCAGUAGCCGAAGCACCUGGGGUUGCCCAGAGCGUGGAAAGUCUUGACACGACAAUGGGAGAAGCUGGUGAUAGCUCCAAUUCGAUCAUGAUGGGCAACACAGAUGAGCAUAGCCAGCAAACACCCCCGGAGGAAACUCCAAGUGCACCUGUAGUUGGGGAUUUCCUUAAGAUGCAGUUUGUGGAACACAAAGUUGUUCCAACCAUAUUAGAUUUCUUCUUUCGAUUCCCAUGGAAUAAUUUUCUACAUAAUGUAGUCUAUGACGUUGUACAACAGGUCUUCAAUGGUCCCAUGGACCGCGGGUAUAAUCGGUCUCUUGCCAUCGACCUCUUCGAGACGGGAGAUAUCACGAUGCGCAUCGUCGAUGGACAAAAGAAGAGUGAUGAAGCCCAGGCGAGAGACAAGAUGCGCCUGGGAUAUAUGGGCCACCUUACUCUGAUCGCCGAAGAGGUCGUGAAGUUCACGGAACGACAUCCACCUGAGUUACUGUCCGAGUCAGUCUUGGAGAAGGUAAUGAACGGCGAAUGGAUUACGUACGUUGAAGUCACUCUCGCGGAGACGCGAGAACGAGAUAACGCCAUUCUGGGCGGAGUCAGACCAGAUAUGUCUGUUGGACCUCGGCAAGCAGUCAUGAACGCAGUCAAUGCAGCCAACAACUUCGGCGGAGCUUCAUCUGCGUUGGCCGAAGCUGGUCUGAACGGAGGAGCUGGACUCGAUAGUAUCGAUCUGGCGAACGGCAACGGCACAACGGGCUUCACGCUCAGCGGCGGAACUCUCAGCGGAUUCGGAAGCUCGAGCGACGAGGAAGACGACGAAAUGGACGAGGACAACGACGAAGAGGGUGGGAGGAGUAACAGUGGCGCGGCCGAAGUGGGUGUUUCUGUCCCCUCAGCCCCCAAUCUUGACAAGUUCGACGACGACGAAGUUGAUUAUGAGUACUUGGAGCAACUUGAUCGCGAGACCCCUCUGUUUCCGGAGGGUGGAGUCCCUGGUCAAUAAUGUUAACUCAUGUUUUCUUGUACACUAUCUUUCCUUGGCGGAGAGCUGGCAAUACGUGCGAGAUGGUUUCCAGAAAUUAGAUGAUAAUUUCG